AUGGACGCCCGAGUGGGCAGGUUUGGGGCCGCAUUAAGACCCCCAAUAGGGAAGAGUGAGCGAAGCCCCGGAAGCUUGGGAUAUGUUCACCCGGCUUUUCAGAGAGUUUACGAUGUAUUCAAGAAAAACAUUGAGACAAAUAAAGAGAAGGCGGCCUGUUUUUCUGCCUAUUACAAGGGGGAGUUAGUGGUGGAUCUAUGGGGAGGAUACUCGGACAUUGAGGCGGGGCGGCCCUGGAAAAAUGACACCCUGUCCAUCAUGUUCUCUACAACUAAAGGAGUUACCGCCAUCAUCGUGGCACUCUUUGUACAAAGAGGCUACUUGGACUACAAGAAGCGGGUGUCCUAUUACUGGCCGGAGUUUGGGAAGAAUGGCAAGGAGAAUAUUACUGUAGAUAUGUUACUAAGUCACCAGGCCGGGUUAUCCAUUACAAAAGGAACAAUUGAUAUACGGCUUCUGAAAACAAACCAAACAAAAGUGGAGGAGUUUUUAGAGGAACAGGAGCCGAUUUGGAAACCAGGUACAGCAUACUCCUACCAUGUAAUAACCUUUGGAAUGUAUGUAGACGUGUUGUUGAGGAAGGCGGAUCCAAAACACAGAAAUGUUGAUCAGAUAUUUAAAGAGGAAAUAGCAGAACCUUUUG